UUUGCUCCCAGUUCUCUAAGGGUGUGUACGCCAUCAUGGGUCUGUACGACCGGCGCACCGUCAACAUGCUGAUGUCCUUCUGCAGCUCGCUGCACGUCUGCUUCGUCACGCCGUCCUUCCCGGUCCAGACCAACAACCAGUUYGUUCUGCAGCUGCGGCCCCAGCUGCAGGAGCCCCUCAUGGCCCUGCUGGAUCACUUCUACUGGACCCGCUUUGUCUACAUGUACAGCUCCAACUCAGGUCUGACGGUGCUGCAGAGGAUCCUGGACACGGCGGCGGAGCGCAGUUGGCAGGUCACCUCCGUGAACCUGGACACGCUGACCAAGCCGGCCUUCAUCAAGAUGCUGGCCGACCUCGACUACAAGAAGGAGUUCCAGAUCAUCAUCGACUGUGAGCUGGAGUGCCUCAACUACACCCUGAACCUGAUCGCUGCUCAGAAGAGGAACACCAAGAGAAAUCUGAAGAACUAUCAUUACAUCCUGGCCAACCUGGUCCUUCAGGGGUUCCUGGACCUGAACCUCACAGAGUUCCAGGAGCUGGCGCCGAACGUGACGGGCUUCCAGCUGGUCAACCAGUCCGACCCGGCUGUGAUGAAGAUAAACCAGGACUGGAUGGACUUCGACAGCAAGGACCUGAAACUGGCCCGCAAGAGGAUCAAGUACACAGGAGCUCUGACCUACGACGGCGUCAACGUCAUGGCCAAGGCCUUCCAGAACCUGCGGCUGCAACGCAUCGACAUCUCUCGCCGGGGCAACGCCGGGGAGUGUCUGGCCAACCCGCCGGCUCCGUGGGGGCAGGGCAUCGACAUCCAGAGAGCCCUGCAGCAGGUUCGCCUCCAGGGUCUGACGGGUCACAUCCAGUUUGAUGAGCGGGGUCACCGGACCAACUACACGCUGACGGUGAUGGAGCUCAGCCACCUCGGACACAGGAAGAUCGGUUACUGGAAUCAGAAGAGAGGCUACGUGAACACAGCGGUCUACAGACCCCUGCAGGAGGAGUUCUUUGGUCUGCAGAACAGAACUUACAUCGUCACAACCAUCCUGGAAGCUCCGUACAUGAUGCUGAAGAAGAACCACGUCCAGCUGAAGGGAAACGAUAGGUUUGAAGGUUACUGCGCAGAACUCGCCUCCGAGAUCGCCAAACACGUCGGCUUCGCCUACCAGCUGGAGCUGGUGAGCGACGGCAAGUACGGCGCCCGGGAUCUGGAGUCCAAGAGGUGGAACGGGAUGGUGGGGGAGCUGGUGUACGGGAAGGCCGACAUGGCCGUCGCUCCGCUAACCAUCACUCUGGUCCGAGAGCAGGUGAUCGACUUCACCAAACCCUUCAUGUCUCUGGGGAUCUCCAUCAUGAUCAAGAAGCCCACGUGAGUCGUUUCAGCCCCUACGAGUGGCAGGGGGACRACUCUGAUGAUGAAGAUGAAACAGCUCCGCCCUCUUCGUCUCGACGAGCUCCGCCCACUUCGUCCUCUGAAGACCCUCACUCUCCAGGCUUCUCUCAGGCUCAGAACCAGAACCAGCAGAAGGAAAAGGAGAGUCCAGAACACAGCAAYGACUUCGGGAUCUUUAACUCUCUCUGGUUCUCGCUCGGGGCCUUCAUGCAGCAGGGCUGUGACAUCUCGCCCAGGUGAGGAGACCACACAUUGUGAUGCCCAGACCACCAACCAA